UUAGAACUAUCCCAAGCAAAGGAAGAGCAGUCUCACAUCAAGGUGCUGACUGCAGGAGUGGGAAAUAAUGACCAUCUUCCAUAACAAAUAUUUCAACUUCUUCAGGGUUGCAAGGUGAAAUGUUUCCAUGAAAACAACUUGUAGCAUUGUGUUACAUGAUGCACUGAAUUAUUGUACGUAACUAUCUAUACUAGUAUUCAGUACAGCUUCAUGCCUACUGAUCCUGUUCGAAGCAAAUUUGUUUUUUUAAUUGCUUCAACAGGUGCCACAACAUUUAUUUUUUUAUAAGUAGCCUGCAGACGUACAUCUUAACAGUGAAUGCAAAGUAAGCUUAAAAUUAUUCUCCUGGAAGUUUGAUCAGUUAUGCCAUAGUUUUAAACAUUUUUUUUCCCUCCUGCUUAAGUUUUAAUUUAAAAAAAAAAAUUUUUUGUUAUCCUGAUUUUCUUAGAAUUGUAAUGUUCAUCUGUGAUUUACCCGCUUCUGCUUUCCCACUACAUGUUAAAAAUCCAAUUAAAAAAAAAAAGUUCUCUCUUAAAACAGCUAACAGAGGACAUGAACCUUUCAGAUAUAUAUGCUCCCUUGCCAAUUGUCAAAUCGAUCCACCUAUAAAAGGCAGAAUACAUUGCGCUUUCUUCGCAUGCCUGAAAUGGGAUUUCCCUGUGCUGCCAUGAUCACUGCAUUUCAUUUCUUUACACUGCUACAGCUCAUUUGUUAGCUCUUUAUCACGUUACCUAUUACCUCACAUGCAUUUUAUUAAUUUAAUGGUAUUACUCAUGAACCUUUUGUACAGCGCUCCAGAAAAUGUUGACUCUUUAUAAAUAGUAAUGCAUACAGACAACUCAUGUUUCAGAUCUACUCAGGCCAGUUGUGACGAUCUUUGUGCACUCACCUAGAGAAUCCCUUUCCACAGCUCUGGCAAAUGUAAGGCUUCCCUACAGAACCAUCAUGUGAUCGGACAUGGUAAGACAUUCUGUCUUUGCGUUUGAACUUCAGUCCACACACCGGGCAAGAGUAUGGUUUCUCUCCAGAAUGAGAGAGCUUGUGACGAUUAAGGUGAUAUACAUCCCGGAAGAUCUUCCCACACAGUUCACAAGCUACUUGUUUUCUUGCUCGGUUCCUCUUUAUAGGGGUGCCAUUUUCUUCCUGCCCCAGCCCAUUCUCACUUAAGCGGGGGGGCUGCAGGUCUCCAUAACCAAGCUGUAUGCUGGUCACUCCAUGCUGGGCCUCAUGCUGCCGCAGGCGCAGGGGAUCAGUGAAUACUUUAUCACAAAGUCCACAGGGGAGUACCACUCCUUCCCGCAACCCACCCACUGCUCCAAACAAUACUGAAUCUAAAACACUGGGUUUCCGUGGCCGUCCACGCCCUCGCUUUCCUCCUAGGCCUUGAGCUCCUACUUGGAAUUGGGCAGAGAGCAUCUGGGGUGAUCCACCGAGGGCAAGAAGCGAGGCCUGGCUUGGCACUGCCGGCCCCGGUCGAACUGAAUCUUCCUCCUCAUUCCCAAGCGAUCCUGCAAUUCCUGAACUUCCCAUGGUGGCCCCAUUAGUCAUGUCCAAUGGGAAUCCAAGGUCAGCAGCCCCUGACCUGAAUAACAUGAGUUCUGGUCGUGCAGGGGGGACCAGUAUUUGCACAUUGGACUGCUUGAUUACCUCCUGGCAUAUAUCAAUAACAGAUCUCAUUAGCAGGAACUUGGCAGCAGUCAUAAGUUCAGGGAAACUCUCCAAUCGAAUCACAAUGCGAGCAGUGUACGCAAAAUCCAAAAUGUCCCCAAACACUUUGGAACUGAUUGUGUGCAUCUCAAGUUCUCUGGGGAUCGGGCCUUCUGAUUCUCCCAAAACAGACUCAAAAUAUUGGCUGCAGGCAGCCAGCACGGCACGGUGUGCUGGAAAACUAUCCUCCCCUACACGGAGUAUCACAUCACAGAAACGACCCCCAGUUUUCCGCUGUUGGUUGAGCUGCUGCAGAACAUCUGAGCUGUGCUGGCUCACCUGGUAGGUGUAGAAGGAUGGACCACAACCUUCUGCAAGACGUUCCAUGAUAGAAGGGAGUUGUGUUCUAAGGAAUGUAAUGGUAAAAAGUUGUUCUGUGUAAAAACUAGAUGAACAAGGGUAUUUAAUACGGUUUAUAACAGACAUAACCUGGCAAAGCAAAUAGAUGUCUCAAAUGCACAACAUUAACCCCUUAAGGACACAUGACGGAAAUAUUCCAUCAUGAUUCCAUGUUAUUCCAGAAGUUGUGUCCUUAAGGGGUUAAAGUAAUCGCAUGGUCAGCAAUGAGAUAAGGGGGCAAUAUAACUAUACAUAAAGGAGUGUAUAAUUUUCUACCCAAUAUUAAAGAAGAGAUGUGUUGCAGCCCCUUGGGAAUACAUGAAUGAGAUUCUUCUGUUGCUAAGAUUAUAACCAGUUUGGUUGCAUAAAUUGAAAAAAAACAAAACUAGCGAAUUUAGAUGCAACAUGAGUAAUGGAACAUUGGAAGUGUAUGGAUUAUAUUGCCCACAUGGUUGUCACAGGAAUUCAAUAUGAAUGUGUAUUUUAUCAUGUAUUGGUAGCUCAGUUUUUCAUUUCAAGGCCCCAGUGAGCACAGUGGGCUAUAUUACCGAGCAAUAAGAUAAAAUAAGCAAAAGGGUGCUGUUUAAGACCAGUGUAACUCUAAAGUAGGCUACAUGUGGGCCUUUCUAUUCCACUACAGAAUGUACUACAUGGCAGUGGAAUAAUAUAACAGGGUUUAGAGAGGUGCCUUUUGUGGCAGGCGGGGGUGUGAGAGCCCAGAUAUUUGGUGUACUAACUAAUCAGAAGUAGGGGGGGGUGAAUACUGAAAGAUGUCCUGUAGGCACUAUAUAUCUUGGGGUGCAGGGGAUUGGGUGAAGUAUAUGGGGGAGGUUUUAUUAAACUGAGUGUAUGGGGGCGGGGUGGUUUAGGGUUAUGCUUAUUCUGGGCCUGUUGGAACUGAGGGGCGUUUUGGGGCGACCUGUCCUAUAUUGGGGGGUCUACUUGAUGUCACCUGGGUGCGCGUAUCCGCCCGGCUCCUCCCCCUUUCCGAGAUCGGGAACGCGCUGCGCGGGCCGGUGUGUUCCUGGGCCCCGGUGCUAGCACUCGGUGUCGGGUCGCACUUCUUCUUAUUCUUCUGCACCACCGAAACCGAGACCCCCAACCGGACACCGGGACCCCCCCCGCAUUGGGCACACGGGCAGCUGUGACCGGAUCCUCCGCAGUCUCUUUGUGUCUGAUUCCCCCCCCCCCGGCUAAGAAUCUGUGUCCGCCCCCCCAGGUCCCCCUCCCUAUGAGCACUCCCCCCGCCCCUGUGAGCAGGCUGGGAGACCCCGCACAUGCCGACCCCCCCUCCCCGCCACUCACCCCUCCCGGGAUAAUAUCCAUGCACAUCAUAAGCACUGGGCAGCCAAAAUCAGGAUAGUCCAACAAUACAUUAAUUGCCCCCCACCCCAAAAAUUGUGUGUGUACACAGAGAUAAAAACCCACCCCAAUACAAGAACUGUUACAGAUACACCCACAUAACAUACAACAUAUACACUUAUUGGUAAGCAGGCAGUGAUAGAAUUGACUACAAAUUAGUGCACAUCAGUUUGCUGUAGAUCCAAAUAAUUAUCAUCUCUCCCAAAUCAAGAAUCAUCUUUUAAAUCUUGUACCAACAUCUAAUAUAUGUAUAGUCUCACCUACUGCUUAUACAUGACUUCACUUUGUGUCCUAGGCAGCUCUGCCACCUUACUAUAGCUCGGGGGAUAGAGUCAUUCUUUUUUGCAAAAAAAACUAAAUCUCUACACUUUUAUAUAUUUGUGUCUGUCAUGAGAAACCUUCCACCGUGCACCAAAACUAAUGCUAAAAUUAUCACAUCUCGAAAAUGAAAUAUAAUGAUAGAGAUUCAGAUAUAAAUUUAAAAAAAAAGGUGCCAAAAAGAGACAGAUUAGAAGUGACUCACUUUUAUACAUAGCCCUAUUGUGUUAAACCAGUUGAGGAUCCAAAAAGUUAAUUUAUAAAUUUCUUCUUCAGCAACAUGAACUAGUUUAGACAAUGCUGGACUGUAUGCAACACGUUUGCAAAAUACAUAGUUCAAGAUGAUUUUCAGAAACAAAACAAGGUGUUACGCAUAUUUACAAGACAGCUAAAGUAAUAAAUGAGCAAAUAAUACUUAGCAUAAGAUAAGCAUAUGGGAGAAAACAUUUUAAUUGAUAACUCAUUCUCGUAUGACUUUAUAGAGGCACAGAUUAUACAUUCUGCUGAUGUUACCGGGUGGUGGGAUUAUCCCAAACACCAAGAGUUGUUAUAAAUUACCUAAUCUUGUAAAACCAAGGAUUGGUAACCCCUGGGUAUAUUUGCUGUUUUACUCCAAAAAUAUAUACAAUGCAAUUUCACAGCAUAAAACCUUUCACAAUUGGUGGUGGGGGGAGGAGGGAGGGGGUGAAUUACUAACAGAAAUGUUUAUAUGUAAUAUACGCUAUGCACACAGCUAAACUGCCUUAGGUAAGGACACACCAGUAAAGUUGCACAAAACACAAGGCCCCUUUGGUAACACAGCCCAAUAAAUAGGCUGUGGUCAUUCUUGUCCCAUUCUGCUAUGGAAUUCUUAGCCAAAAAUUAGUUGAUAGAGUUGUAGAUAGUUCCUUGUUUUGGUGUUCUGAUUUUUGCAUACUGAUUUUUGUCAUUACAAAAAUAAUCAAUACAUUUUGAAACAAGGUAUUAGAUAGUUAUCUCUGUCCAAUCUUUGCUACGAAGUCAACAGUAAUCUGGUUCUCCAGGGUUUAGUUCAUUCUCAAACCAUCAUGCAACAUGCUAGCACACACAUGGGCAUUUUCUAUCUUCAUUUGUAUUGUGCCAGGAUUGAAAUGUUUUUUCAGGACAGAGUAAACCAUAAUGUUGCACAAUUGCAGCUAGCACUGCAAGCUUUUACCAGUGGCAUAACUAAUCAAGGUUUUUUUAUUUUUUUUUUAUUGAGGAAAUAAAUAUACAAUACAGAAAGAUGAGAGAUUUAGGAUAACAAAAACACAGCAUAAAAAUAAUACAUAACAUAAAAUCAUACUCCUUUGCAAAUUCACCUCAUUUUAAUUUUUUUUUAUUCAGUAACAAAUAGUGAGAACAGCUUUAUGGCCAGGUCAUGUACUCAAGUCUAAACAAGAUAUAACAUAAUAGCUCAUAUGCAGAUUAUGUGUUUUAGGCCUGAGAUGCUUAACAAACACAUUCGAGUAGUAAGGAGCAUGUUAUAAUGUAGUUUUAAGCUAAACUGAGUAAUUGCAAACUAAGCUAGCAAUAGCAACUGAGCUUAAGUACCACUAAAUACACAUCACCAGAAAGGAGUUAAAGUGGCACUGUCAUGCCGAACUUACCUUUCCCCAAUCGCUUCAUCUUCUCUUCCUCUCUCAGUAUCUGAUCUUCAUUUCUUCCUGUCUGAUCUAGUUUUCUUUAAAACAUAAGACAAAGUAGGGACUACUUUGUGUUAUGUAUUUUUCCUACGCUUGUCCAGCUCAAGUGGGUCAGAGAAAUUUUCCCACAAUUCUCACCUUUCCUCCGUGAUGCCUGCUUUCACUAUUCCCGAAUUUCCUGUCAUUUAGACAGAACGCCGGCGAAACUACCGAAUUUCGCCCUAACAGAAUGAGAACAGUUUGUUCAUUCAUGUUAGGACGCAAUUCGGUACUCUUAUGUCUGUUCGUAAUUUCAUUUGAAUAAAUGAAAUUCCAAUCCGGGCUGUGGCUGUAUCUUGCAGCCGCUUAGUCGAUAGCUUCCUAAUUCCAUCAGUAUCAGGGAGCAAUCUACCAAAAGGCUGAAAGACCUUUCAGCUAAGAUUAAAAUCACUUAGUAUUAGUAAAUAAUCUGCCCCUAAACCACGAAUAGGGGUAUGUCUAAUAAACAGUGAGCAGCCUGUGGUGGGGCAUCUAUUAACUAGCGGAGGAGCACAUAAUGUCCCCCCUAUGCCCCCACCCAUGCCCUGCAAGCGGCGGGUGGGGGUCCUAAAAGACAAUACGGGGAGGGGAACUCUUAUUCCCCCCUCUGGCCCCCACCCAUGAGUGGUGGGUGGGGCCCUAAAUGAAAAGGGGGGGCUAUUGUCCUCCCACGGCCUCCACCCAUGGGCAGCGGGUGAAAGCCCUAAAAGAAAAUGGGGGGAUGACUUAUAACCGCCCGGCCAUAAAUGACAAUGGGGGGGAGGGGGGGAGACCUAUUGUCCGGCCCCCACCCAUGAGCGGCAGGUGGGGCCCUACAUGAAAAUGGGGGGACCUAUUAUCGCACCGCCGUGGCGAAGGGUGGUGGCCCUAACGGACAAUUAUCUAUUAUCCCACCCGUGGGUGGGGGCCCUAAAUGAAAAUGGGGGGUGAUUUGGGUAGGUAGGGCUUUAUUUAAUUUUUUUGGGUAGUGACUAUGAGACCCCGAGUCACCUGGGGUGGGGAGUAUUUUUACAUGUAGCCCCCACCCGCCACUCAUAGGUGAGGUCCGGGGGUGAGGACCAUAGGUACAUCCCAUCCCCAUUGUCAUUUAGGGCCCCCAUCCAUCGCCCAUGGGUGAGGGCCAGGGGGAUAAUAGAUCCACCCAUUGUCCGUUAGGGCCCCCACCAGUCCUCCAUGGGUGGGGGACGGGGAGAUAAUAGGUCGCUCGCCCCCAUUUUCAUUUAGGGCCCCCUCAUGGGUUAGGGCCGAGGGGAGGACAAUAGUUGUCCCACCUCGUUUUCAUUUAGGGCCACCACCCGCUGCUCAUGGGUGGGGGCCAAGGGGGACCCUAUGUCCCCCGUUUAGUUGCAUAGCCCCCACUCGCGCAUAGCCAUGGGGCCAUUUGUUGGAGGGGGGACUUUUUUUACAUCAGCCUCAGGCUGCUCACUGUUUAGUCGACAUGCCCCUACUCGCGGUAUUGCACGUAGGCACAUUCGGGAGAUUUCAAUGUCCGUUUUGCUAUUAUGGGGGUCAUACUGACCCCCAAAGAGUGAGGGUGGACAAGGGAGGCUUAGUAAGUGGCGGGGAUCACAGAUCCCCGCCGCUUCUAUUUUUACAUAUUACAAGGAGGGAGCUGUCAGCUGGUAGCUAACUCCUUGUAAUAAACUGAACAAACGAACGAACACCGAUAUUCUUUCGGACGAAUGAACAGACGAAAUUUCCAUUUCGGACAAUAGCGAAUGCCCAAUAUAUUCCUGACCCUGUAUUGUUAAAACCACCAUCUAGCCCCCCCAUACCUCCCUAAAUAUAGUAAAAUCUUACUUGUAUCGCUGGCUCUGCCCUGCCUGCUGUCAUUACCAGAUGUGGUGGUCUGAGCCAAUCACAAUGCUUCCCCAUGGGAUUGGCUAAGACUGUCAAGGAGGCAGAGCCAGCACAAGUCAAACACAGUCCGUACCAAUCAGCAUUUGUAUUGAAUCAAUGUAUCUGUAUGAGGAAAGUUCAGCUUCAGCAUGCAGAGGGUGGAGUAACUGAAUGGCAGUACUGCACAGUGUGCAGCACUGCCCCAGGAAGCACCUCUAGCAGCCAUCAGAGGAGUGGCCAGUGGAGUUAUCACCAGGCUGUAAUGUAAACACUGCAUUUUCAACGAAAAGACAGUGUUUACUGCAAAAAACCUGAAGGGAAUGAUUAUACUCACCAGAACAAAUGCAAUAUGCUGUAGUAGUUCUGGUGACUAUAGUGUCCCUUAAACAGACUGAGUUGUUGAGAAAAAACAAAUAAAGUGUAUAAGGAGGUGGGAGGGCUUAACUUUAGGAAAGAGGGAGUGGGGGAGGGGAGACAAACGCUUCCCUUUGCAGAGAAUUGACAUUUGGCAGUCUGGAACGUGUGCAGUGUAACUAACCCCCCAGCACACCAUUGACAUAUUUCAGCUUGAGCAGUGUUCCAAGCAGAAAACCUGCACAUACAGACUCUCACCACCAUGACCACUUCUAAAAGCAGAAGUGGUCAUGGUGGUUGGAGUAGCUCUUUAAUUAAAAGGGUUAGUCCAACCCCUAUACAAAAAUCCCCCUUUAAAAAAAAAAAAAAAACCUGUAAAAAAGGUUUCAACUUAACUGGAAUCCAUCAUUGGACGAACUUCCUUUCACGGUCUUCAAUGCCAGGUCCUGAUGUCAUCCUGGCACUCGCACAUUCCAAUCACAGGUUAUUAAGCUGGCGACAGGUGGGAUAUUUAAAAGAAAAAUCCUAAUCAAGUUACAGAUGGAGGAGGGACAGAGUGCAGACAGGGUGGGAAGGUAGGAGAGGGAGACUAUCUCCACUUGCAGGGUUGCCAGCAAGCUAAUGACAGCCGUAAAAUAUGCACACAACUGACAUUAGUAAAGUCACAUGUGCUAGGGUUGCAACUAGCCCCCAGAUCAUAAUUAAAAAGAACCCUGCAUGUGCAAUCCAGACUCCUACCACCAUUACUACUUUAAAAUCACUGAAGUGGUCAUAGUGGUUGACGUUAUCAUUUAAGCAGUUUUGGUGUAUAGAACAUGCCCCUGCAUGUCUCAAAGCUCAAUUAUCUGCCAUCUAGGAGUUAAAGGGACACUCCAGGCACCCAGACCACGUCUGCCCAUUGGAGUGGUCUGGGUGCCAACUCAUACUACCCUUAACCCUGCAACUGUAAAUAUUGCAGUUUUCAUAAACUGCAAUAUUUACCUUGCAGGGUUAACUCCUCCUCUAGUGGCUGUCUAUUAGACAGCCACUAGAGGGCACUUCCGGGUUUAUAGCACAGAUUUUUUUGUGAUACAGCAUCGCUGGACGUCCUCACGCUAUGUGAGGACCUCCAGCGUCGCUGAAAUUCCCAUAGGAAAGCAUUCUCAAUGCUUUCCUAUGUGGAGGUCUAAUGCGCGUGCGUGACGUUGCCACGCAUGCGCAUUAGGUCUCCUCCGUCGCUGGUCACGCUUGCGCAAUAGGUCUCCCUGGGCGGUCCCUGAACCAGUGCCGAGGGACAUCGGCGCUGGAUACAGGUAACCCCUUCAGCAACCUGGGAUGGGGGGUCGGAGGGAGAGCGGACCUGCAGUGCCAGGAAAACGGUUUGUUUUCCUGGCACUGGAGAGUCCCUUUAAAACACUUUUGUUUUCGUUUAUGCAGCCCUAGCUACAGCUACCCUGGCUGCUACUCACACAUAGCCUGCGUUAAAAAUCUUUUUUUUCAUUUUCAAUCAGAUGUGACAGAACAUUGUGCAUACUCUAGACGUUUUUAUCUCCUGCUCCGUUAAUUGAAAUUAAUCAUACAUACAGGAGGCUCCUGUAGGCUCUAGCAAACUAUUAACAGAGAAGGAGAUAAUAAAUUCUAAAUUAAACACUGUGUAAUAAAGGAAGUUUAAACAUUAGAACUCUUUACAGGAAAUGUGUAGAGAGACUGUAGGGAGGUAUGGUUAGGGCUGCAUUAACUAAGUGAUUUAAAACUUAAAUGGCAGAGUGUUGAGCAGUGAUACUGCAGGACAUGAUCUAUACAGAAAACAACACUCAGGUAAGCUAAAGUUGUUUUGGUUCUUAUAGUGUCCCUUUAAAUUCACGUCUAGUGGCUUCCUGACAGCCUUUAGAGGUACCGAGUAAAACCUGGUCCCGUGACGCAGAAGCUCAUAGUAAAGCACUGGAUACAAUGCUUUCAUAUGGGUCCACUGUGUGGACCAUGUUAGUUGGUUUUAUUUAAAACAAAAAUGUAAAGUGCAAGUUAAAAUGUAGAGAUUUCCACAAAUACAUUUUUUUUCCAGUUUAGUAACUAAAUCCCUAAAUUGUAACAGAGAACCUCUGAAAAUGAAACUUGUAUCCAACAAUAACCAUACAGCAAUAAUUUCAGUGACAAGGAAAUAAAAGACACAUGCCGAUGGUAACAUACUGAAAAAAAUAUUUUAAAGAAGCUGUGUCACUUUCAGGGUCUUUGCAUACUAUGUAGUAAAUAGGGUUUUAUGUAAAAACAGUACAGGAGGAAAGACCAUUCCAGAGUAACAAGUUCUACAUAAAAGAAUACCAUAAUUUUUGCAGAGACUUAUUAUGACUGAUCAGUGGAAUAUUAAAGGAACACUCAACACUACAGCAAAAUUGUUUUAGAAUGGUUUGACUUCUUACAAGGGGUCAAUUGGGCACUGAUCUCUGCCAACAGAGAGUCUGAAACUCCCCUAUAGACCUACAGUGCACAGCUAGUUUACUGGCUGUGAGUGUCAUCUGGUCACUCUCAGCCAAUAAUAUAGGUAGGUCCUGCACAACCAGGUGCAGUUGUGAGCUGCUAUAGAUAAAAAUAAAUAAGAAGAUAAUAUUUAAUAGAAAAAAGAUGUAACAAGGAGCUUCUAUGUGUGUCCAUGGUCUCAACCCAGCAGAGAAACUCCAGUUCACUGUUCUCAAUAGGAUUAAGAGGCACAUAAAAAAGUGACGAUAAUGUCCCAACAUAAGGUCUACGUCUCAUUGUUUGCUAUAGAGAGAGAGAAUGUUCAACUAUUUCUUCAGAGGGGCCACCUUGAGGACACUUUCAGAACCACCACCUGGAAGUCAGGUUGUAACCACCAGGAAUACAGAAUAAAGUGGAACAGCAGGACUCACUGGGUUUAUCCUAGUCUCAUAAAAGGCUAAUCCAACAGAAGAGAGCCUUAAAAUCAGGUAACCUAAACCUGCAACCCAAUAGCACCCUGUCUCUCUGCCAUUACACCAGAGUCACCCUGAGGGAGUCCAGUUACCUACACAGCACCACUAUCCAAGCUAUCCACUCAGCUACACAAUUAAAAGUCUGGAACUCUAGCCACAAAAGUCCUCAACCUUUCCCAUGUCAGGACUGCUAGGAUGGUAAAACAUGAUUGGUUCACCUGGCAACAUAUGAAAUGGCAACUUCAGCUGUUCAAUAAAACAAAAUCCAACAUAAAGCAAAGUAGGUUAAAUGCCUUUUAAAAAAAUACUGUCCACAAUGUAGAGAGUGACAGCUAACUUUAUAAAUACGAAUUAAAAGGGAAACCCUUCUGGCAUCGCCAGUGAGCCUUUUCCUCCCUCAGUAGUGUCAUGACGAAAUAUGUCAUAAAGCCAUGACAAAAUUGCACCAGUAAAUCUGAGACAAGUCCAUCCUAGCGGAUUACGCAAUGAACAUGACUAUCAUAUCUGUCACAAUGAAGGUUAUCGAUCAAAUGCAUGCAUUUAAAUUUAAAACGGGCCUCAGUAUCAAUUGGAGGUGUUCCUUGUGUAUUAACAGAAAGCCUGAUUGUUAAUAUAUAAAAUCAGAGACACCAAUCUUGUAAAUAAACCAGUGAACGAGCUGGCCUGGAUCAGCAGUAUUCAGAGGUGUGUAGCUGAAACAGAAUAAAAUGUUGUUGGACCCUCUUGGUGUUCUGGCCUCGCCUCGCUUUGCACAUUUUGCAAAGACUCCUAAAGGUGACAUGUUGAUUUUGUUUACCUGGCAGCCAGGGGGUGAAGCGUGCUGAGGUGGCGCGCCUAGUUUUUGAGCGCUAACCUCCAGCAUGGUGGCCAUGAUGUAUCUCACUCUACGCUUUACCUGCUUGGAUGGAUUUCCCUCACUGUGGUCCCUGACUUCAUAUCUUGGUCAUAACACACAGUGGCCGGCAGGUUAGCCUCACCCUUCAUUAGAGGUGUCCUAGGUGACACAUGCUAGCUACCUGUAUUUAUAUAGCACAAACAUAUUCCACAGCGCUGCACAAAUGGAGGCAAUACCAGAACUGUAUUUCAAUAAACCAAGCUAGACACUUAGUGUACCUGCUAUGUACAUGUUACCUUUAAAACAUAAUUACACUGUCAGUAAGCGUCUCACGGGCACUGGCCCAAACCCUCUGACUUUCUGAACCCAGCGUGUACCAUAGAGCAGGACUAAACACGUGGAAAGAAAGUCACUUCCGCUUACGAGACCUGGCCUCUGACGUCAUUUCCGGUGUUCCGUUGCCCGGCUCUGCGCCUGCCCAGUGAGUUGCUGUUCCAGCUGAGCCCCGUGCCAGGUCACCGGCCGGUUUCUGGUGUUGCAGCGAGUUGCGUUGCCGUCACCAUGAGCGGGACAUUGGCGAAGAUCGCCGAGAUCGAGGCCGAGGUGAGGGAUAACUUUCGGUGUUCCUGCAGAUUGCACUUACUCAGUCACUUAGCUCGAACACGUGUGGGUUUCAGAGAGGGCCAGCAGCACAUUGGGCAUCAGGCUGUAUGGCCCAGGGUGGCGGUUACAUGGGCAAGGGUGGCCAGGGUGGCGGAUACAUGGGCCAGGGUGGCGGAUACAUGGGCAAGGGUGGCGGUUACAUGGGCAAGGGUGGCCAGGGUGGGGAUACAUGGGCCAGGGUGGCGGAUACAUGGGCAAGGGUGGCGGAUACAUGGCCCAGGGUGGCGGAUACAUGGGCAAGGGUGGCGGAUACAUGGCCCAGGGUGGCGGUUACAUGGGCAAGGGUGGCCAGGGUGAUACAUGGUCCAGGGUGGCGGAUAUGUGGCCCAGGGGGGCGGAUAUGUGGCCCAGGGUGGUGGAUACAUGGCCCAGGGUGGCGGAUGAUACAUGGCCCAGGGUGGCGGAUGAUACAUGGCCCAGGGUGGUGGAUACAUGGCCCAGGGUGGCGGAUACAUGGCCCAGGGUGGUGGACGUGUGGCUCAUGUUGGCUAUGGUGGUGGACAGUAGGUAACAGCCUUUCACUGUACUUUGCAGAUGGCCCGGACUCAGAAGAAUAAAGCCACAGCACAUCACUUGGGUCUGCUGAAAGCUCGCGUGGCCAAGCUGAGGAGGGAGCUGAUCACACCGAAAGGAGGUGGAGGAGGUGGUCCAGGAGAAGGUAUGUGUGCCCUGGUACUUUGCUUACUGGACCAUAUGGUGCGCUCUGUACAUGAAAGUAUUCAUUCUACGUUAUUAUUAGUAGCCUGUUUCCAACACUCUUGAAUGUGCUUUAAAAAAUAAAUUUAAAAAAUUGUCUACAAGUCACACACGGUAACAGUCUGCUUUCCCGCAUUUUAUCAGUCUCCCUCAAUGGUCCGAAACUUUAGUGCUGCUGGAUGAUAGACCUAAUUCCUCUGAAUGCAGUUUGGUGGGUCAUGAAAAAUGCUGUCAUGUUCUAUACAGAAGAUUCAGCUACCAGGAAUUUGGGGUUCUGGAAACCCUUGGGUGUGAGCAUUACGGUUUCAUACAGUUUGUACUCUCACCAGGUUUCGAUGUUGCAAAGACUGGAGAUGCUCGAAUUGGAUUUGUGGGAUUCCCUUCUGUGGGAAAAUCUACACUGUUGAGUAACUUGGCUGGCGUUUACUCUGAAGUGGCAGCCUAUGAAUUCACAACUCUGACCACAGUGCCUGGAGUCGUACGAUACAAAGGAGCCAAAAUUCAGGUGCUCAGACCUUUUGUUUUUAUUUAAUUUUGGAAAGGGGAUUAAAGUGUUAGAUGAUUACGUAUUUGAUAAGUAUCCACAACACCACAGGAGUCUACUGCCACAAUGUGUAGCUACAGGUCAAGAGCAAAAUGUGUGUAAAUGGAUGCAACAAAUACAAACUGCACCACACUGCAGAAACCUGCAUUUUAAUGUAAUGCAAAACAAGACUCUUCCAGAUCUUCUGAAAAGUUUUUAAGGAGCCCCUUAUCCUAGCCGUUAAGUUGUCCAUCAAGUGGAUCUCUUUUAUCCUGUUUAUCACUCCUGCCAUAGGUGGUGUGCCUGGUUUCAGCCACUCUGAGGCUACGGUUCUCCUAGCUGCUAAUGUAAUUUUGUGGAUGAGCUUUUGUUCAUGCCUAGUCCAACCAUCUAUGGAUCUGUUUAAUAAGAAUAGCCAUGGAUCUAGGUCUGGGGCUCUAGAAAAAACCUGCGACAACAGGGCCUGUAUUCGUUUCCAGAAUUUAACCAUCUGAGGGCAUUCCCACCACAUGUGGACAUAAGUCCCCCGCAAGCUGCAGCCCCUCCAGCACACAUCUGUAGGUUUUUUCUCUCAUUUGAUGUAGUUUAAUCGGUGUAGUAUACCAGCGAAGCAUAGUUUUGACAGAUUGUUCCUGUAGGGUAACGCGUACGGAAGAGAUAUGGUUAGCCUCCCGAAUCUCUUGCCAUUCUAUGCCUUCCAGUAUUUCCGUAUAGGCUAGCUUACCCCAAUCCCCGGCUUCUGAACAGAGGUGAGCAUACAUAAGCAUUAUCAUGCCUUUAGGUAUGGUUUCUUGAAGGCAAAUGCGUUCAAAGAAAGUCAUCUUUUGCAGGGCUGCCGCUUUGAUGUGUGCUAAUUUUGCGUAAUCUUUAAGUUGUAUGUAUUAGAAAAAAGCUGAGGGGGCAAGGUGUCCCCGCUGUCUUAACGUAUCUCAAGAGAUGACCUCUGUUCCCUGAUACAAUUGGCAAUUGCGUUGUAACCCUAUUCGCUCUGUUUUUGAAGGCUCUAGCUGUCAUUCCAGGGGGCAAAGGCCUUAUUGCGUAAGUAUGGCAUUAGAGGAGACGGAUCAGAUGCUAAGUGAAACUUAUGUUUAAGAGAGUCCCACAUCCUCAAGGAGUUGAUUAUAGUCGAGCAGGUGGCCCUUAUCUCGGGUCUGUGUUCUUUAGGGACCCACAUGAUGAGCUGUGGAAUGUCCGCGCCCGUCAUGAGAGAUUACACGUCUGCCCAUUUUCGGUCUCUUGGGGGAGAGUGCCACAUUGCCACUUGAGUCAAUUGAGUCGCUGCAUAAUAGUAAUAUAUGUUUGGGAGACCCAGGCCCCCUCUUGUCUUUUGCCUAUGUAGAAUGUAUCCUGAAAUUCUGUCUCUCUUGUUCUGCCAUACGAAGGACCCUAUAGCCCUCUGCAAGGGCUGCAAGGACGAUCUGGGGAUACGGAUGGGCAGCGCUUGAAACAAAAACAGAAUUCUAGGCAAGAUGUUCAUUUUAACAGCGUGAAUUCUGCCUAUACACGAGAUGGGUCUGUCCAUCCACCUCUCCAUCUCCCGUAUCAGCUGUUUCAUCAACGGUGUAUAAUUUUGAUCGUAUAAUUUUUGCUGUCAGGCGAACACCUAGAUAUUUAAGUGACUGUUGUACCAUUCGUAUUUGGUGUGUGUCAUGUAUGAGGGUUGUUGCCGUCGUCGAUACCCCUAUUGGGAGGGCGCUAGACUUCGCCAUGUUUGCUUUGUACCCUGAAAUAAUCCCAAAGUCCCUUAGCACCCCCUGCAAGGCUCCCAUUAAAUUCACCGGGUCGGUGAGCGCUAGGAGCACAUAAUCCGCAUAGGCUGAGACCAGAAAUUCCCUGCCUCCCACUUUGACACCCUUAACGCCCGGGUGGCGCUGUAAUGCCUGUAAUAGGGGUUCUAACGACAGUACAAAUAGGAGAGGGAGCACCCCUGUCGAGUACCAUUAAAAAGGUGGAAAGGGCGGAGCGGGGCUCCUGAGAUUUUCACCUGCGCUCGGACGUUAGUAUACAUCGCUCUAAGUAAGGUCGUGAAGUGUUCAGGGAACCCUAGAUGGGUCAGGAGCGUGAACAGGUAAGGCCACUUCACUCUGUCAAACGCUUUUCCGGCAUUGAGUGAAACAAACGUUGGAGUCUUAGUGGCCACCUGUCUCCAUAUCAAGUCUAUAUAUCUGCGAGGGUUUCGAACAGUUGUCUGUCCGGUAUAAAACCAACUUGAUCAGCAUCUAUCAAGUUCGCUAAGAAGGGGUUGAGCCGUUUUGCUUGUAUCUUUGCCAAGAGCUUCUUAUCGUGAUUUAUGAGAGAUAUCGGCCUAUAGCUGCCCGGUGAAAGAAGACUUCUGUCAAGUGAGGAACAAGUUCCUCGCAAAAUGUCUUGUAGUAACUACCGUCGAAUCCGUCAGGUCCUGGGGCCUUGUUCCCUUUUAAAGCUGAUAUUGAAUGAUCUACUUCGUCAGGGGUGAUUUCAGAUGCUAGGAUAUCAACUGCCUCCUGUGGUAGCUUGGGCAGUCCCAGGUCUUUCAGGAAAUUGCGGGUUGCGUCCUCGUCUCUCAUUGUCAUUGUCUCUGAGUUUGGGGAAUGAUUGUAGAGGGAUUUAUAGUAAUCAGUAAAAACCUCUGCUAUGUAUUUGGGCAUCUUUUUGACCGAGUUAUCUGGGUGUCGGAUGGAUGUGAUUGUGUCCUCGUCUCAUUCUUGGUUUGAGGACCCUGGCUAGAAGGUAUCCAUAUUGUUGGCCCAUUUGUAAAACGUCCUUUUGGACUAAUUCAUGGCUCUAGCAGUAUCGUCUAGUAACAGCGUGUGUAUGGCAUGUCGUGUAACUCAGUCUUUUUUGGGCUUUCAUCUUCUUUUUAGCCGUCGCUAACUUAAUAAGGGACCCUUGAAUGACUGUUUUAUGUGCUGCCCAUACUGUCUCUGGGCGCAAAUCUGGAGUGGCAUUGGUGUCAAAGAACUCCUGAAUGUCUGUGCGGAUCUGUUCGACAAUCUCUGGGUCUUGCAGUAGGGAUGAAUUUAGUUUCCACGUCUAUGGGGAAGCAGUACAGAGGUUCCCCAGGGUAAUGUGAAUGUCUGCGUGAUCGGACCAAGAGAUGGAACGUAUCUCUGAUCCUGUUACCCGAGACAGCAACCGAUCAUUACUCAAGAACAUAUCAAUUCUUGAAUAUGUGCCAUGCGGAGCCGAGUAGAAGGUAAAGUCCUUAGUGCUCGGAUGAUGUGCUCUCCAGACAUCCACCAACCUGGUGUCUGUGAUGAACCUAUGGAGCAUCUUAUCUUGUCCUCCCCGCCCUUGGGACCUGGGAACACCUCCCCGUGAGCUCCUAUCGACGGCAGGGUUUGAUACUGCAUUGAAGUCACCUCCCAGUACAAUGAGUCCGUGAUCCAAUGCUCGGAUUUUGGUCUGUAAAUCGUCCCAAAAAACGCCGUCCGGUUGGUUGGGGGCAUACACAUUAAUAAGGUGUAUCCUUUGUGAAAAUAGGGUACCCUUUACCACUAUGUACCUCCCGUUCUGGUCUGCAUCUGAAGAUUCUAUGUGUAUUGGGCAACUGGUCCGAACGAGGAUCGCGACACCGUUGCGCUUGGUGUAAGUUCUGGCUUCAUAGGAAACCCUGAACGUUUGGUCUUUCAGUUGGAAUGUAGCUUGUUUUGGUAUCUGAGUCUCCUGAAUAAAGACAAUGUCAGACUUCAUUCUUUUCAGUUCUCUGAAAAGGAGUCGUCUCUUGUUCAGCGUGUUAAGCCCUUUGACAUUUAGGGAUGACAAUUUCAGAGCCAUGCUCUUGAUCUAAGCGUGAUGCCUUUUUGUAUGCUCGCCUCUGUCCACUUCAGAACCGUUGUGUCCCUAUGUAUAAGCCCCCAACCCCUAGGUAAAAGGGGAAAGCUGAACCGGGGAAGGAGAUGGGUAGGAAAGAGAAAAGAGAGAGAAUAUAUAAAAAGCAGUAAUUGAGCACUGUGAGUGCCCAAGUGUAGUCGUCUGGUCUUAUCUGUUGCCAGACUGGUGUGGGGUUCAGAUUUCACCAUCUCGCCUGCGUACAGCGCUAGAGAGAGAUGCGGAUGUAUGAGCCUCUAACCAUUUUGCGCUGUUUUGUAACUUUUCUUAGCUAACUCUAUGUGCUACGGAAGUUACUCCUAUGUGGCGUAUAUGUAAGAAGUGAGUAUGUAAUCGCGUGCCUGCUAUUAUUGCAGAAAGAAGAAAAAGAACAAAAACAAUCAUUGAAAAAACACAUUUGCAAUAUCUGAGCAGAUACAAAGCGAACGGAAAAAAAAAACUGGGCUUCCCCUCCUCCGGGGCCCUGAUAGCAUCACAUUCGUACAUGCCCCCCCCAAGAGCUGGAGGGUCCCACUUUGGGCGGGGGCAAUGAAAGCCAAACUAAAACUGGCAUCAAAAUCGUGGAAUGAACUUCCCCAGAUCUAAUCCUGCGGGUCUGAUAUUCUAUGACCCCAGUACAGGUCGCGGGAGCCCCUCCAUUACUUUUGGGUGGUUUGGUCACCAGAUUAAUGUUAGGCCGCUUGGGCAACAGCAUGGGAGGAGGAGAAUGGGGGGAGUAUAAUUGUUCUAACACCAGACACCUAAAGAUUGAUAUAAACAAAAACUUAUUUUCCAAUCCACAAUCAAAUCAAAUAUUUAACCAUCUCUAUAAUUUAAAGCAUAGCCAUAACAUAGACUAACCACUUUUGUUUAUUUUAAAGAUGAGUGUGCCAGUUUCUGAAUAUGGAACCACACAUGUGAAGGCUUUCUCUGGGUUAUCUUAAAGUGCCAGUUGUGUAUAUACUGCAAUGUUUUAGAACAAAAAGGAAAGUGUUGCAUAUACUGAAAUUUGUUACAGUUUCUCAAAGUAAAUGGCUACCAUAUAUUUUUACCAUGUAAAAGAAAAAGAACAAAAAAAACUGCUAAAUUCGUUUUUUUUUUUUUAUUUUUUUUUUUUUUUAUUUAUACCACAUAUACGCAAGUAAAUUAAACAAUACAUUGUAAAUUAGUGUCUGUGUAACCCAAUGGAGACGCCUCAAUAUAUUUCUACUUAAAAUACACUUAAAAGUCUCUGGCAUGGUACAGGAAAAUGUAUCUUAUUUUAGUACCAUUGUAAACUCUGAAUUUAUCUAAAGGUUUUAUUCACUAAAUUGGGUUGACAUAAAGUUACAUAAAAAGAUAAAUAAAAAAUUCAGCCCAACUAAGAACUAGUUGUACGAGGUCCAAAAUUGUAAUGAUUCUGUAACAUUUAGGAAAGCUUGUUUCUUCUGCACCAAUUAAAAAGAAAUUUUGCAUUUUGCAGCUUUUGGACUUGCCUGGAAUCAUUGAGGGAGCAAAGGAUGGGAAGGGCAGGGGUCGACAAGUCAUUGCAGGUACUGUUUCUUUUAUUUAUGAAUCUUUCUUUGACGUUAUGCUAUUACUUUGAAGUUGUAUUGAAGGAAUUUAACAGACUGCUGUAGUGUUUAUGGUGCAAAGAGUACCCUGGCAUCCUACCAAAGUAAAGAGUCAAACCAUUUAAGAACUAUUUGACAACUUACUUGGGGUCUGCCGGGUGCCUGCCACCACCUCCCUUGAAGAUGAAAGCCUCUGCCAGGAGCUUAGGUUUGCUUCACUGAGAUAAGACCUGCUGUUCAGUGCUGGCUCAUUGACGAGAGCGUUGGCUGAUUGCUUCUAGCCAGUGGAUGCUUCCCUGUGGCCAGCAGACCCCGGUUAAAUUGUCAUUCUAUUGACUAUAUAUACUGUAAGAGGGCGUCAGGACCCUACUUGAACCAUAACCACUACAGCUGGAUGUAAUAAUUAUGGUAUUUGGAGUGUUCCUAUAAAAUGUCUCUCCUUGCGCUUUCAGUGGCUCGGACAUGCAACCUGAUCCUUAUUGUUCUUGAUGUGCUGAAGCCAUUAGGACACAAGAAGAUCAUUGAGAAUGAACUGGAAGGAUUUGGGAUCAGGCUUAAUAAGAAACCGCCAAACAUAGGAUUCAAGAAGAAGGACAAAGGUGGAAUAAAUCUUACAGCCACUGUAAGUCUUAUUGGUAAAACGUGUCUGGGCUGGAAUUGAAGAUGAGAUUAGGUUAUAUACAAUGGGUUGAAGGAGCUGGGUUUUUUUUUUUAAUAUAAUAUUCAAUAGAAAUUGAUGUAUAAUUUCCCAUAGUUGACAGAUUUUUUUAAAAAACAAUCUUAAGAAUAUAACUUAGAAUUGUCUAUUGCCAAGCCUGGGACUGAGAAAAAUGUAUUAGAAUUAGUACGUACGUACAUUUCUAAUGCAUAGCUUUCAAUGGGAGGCCAGUGAUAGGCUAAGAGCCUCACCUGCUCUAUUUGGCACCCAGAGCAAGGCUUUUUCUUUGCUUAAGCCAGGGCCGGAGGGGGAGACAGGAGAGACAGGAGGACUAACGUACAAAAUACACAGUCCAGCGCACUCGCUUAUUCACUAAACAAUAAUUUCAAAUCUCACAGAUUGUAAUAGUUUUAUUUAAAACACCUCACCUAGGCAAAAAAUAAUGGGGAUUUAGUUACAUUAUAUGAUCAUGUAUAGGACGACGAGCACUUUGCUUAAACUGUUAUCCCCUUAAAGCAAGAAGGUGUCCAGAACCUCCAAGCACUAUAACUUCUUAAUUGAGAUGAAGUGAUUAUGGUGCCCCACGUUUAACUUUAAUUAAUAUAUCUGUAUAACACACAAAGGGACAUUUAAAACUGUGUGUGGAAAUACAGAAUAAUUCUCAUAACAAGUGCAAAAAAAUGGAGAGAGAAAAAGUUCUGGGUAACAGAGUAUAGAAAAAAUAAAUGUAUAUAUCAUAUAUGAUUGUGACUGUGUAGUUUCACAAUGUGUUGGAUAUAAGUUUUCUUUUCUUAAUAUCCCUACGUCAUUACAUAGGGAGAGACGGGGAGAGAAGCCAUGUGGAAACAUAACGCUGGUUUAAAUGCUCAUCCCACACCAAAUAUAAAUAGGGUUAUUCACUAAAGUGUAAAUUGUUGGAAAUUCAUAGUGAAUUUUAAAUUGUAGACCAAAAUAGCGAACUGAAAACAUUGGUGAUUAGGAGAAUUUUUCAGCUAUUCUGGUCCAACAUUUAAAGUUUACUUUGAAUUCCCAACAAUUCCCACUUUAGUGAAUAACUGAUAGUAUUUUGUCAAGAUAUGCUAAGGUGUGUGAGAGGGACCUGCAUAACAAGAAUUUUACAUUCCAUAUUGCUGAGUCUGACCACUAGAUUUAUAUUUUUGUUGCACUCUCCCUAAAUGAACUAAGGUGUCCACCAUAGAACCAGUUUUGAUACAUUCUUAAACUGAUCGAUCAGUCUAAAAACUAUUUGAAAGGGGUACUAUGCCAGAACAAUCAUUUCAUUUAAUCCAUCCAUUGUACAGCGCUACAGAAUUUUGGUGGCUCUAUAUAAAUAAUAAUUUAAGGAAGAGUGCACUGAAUGCACAUACCUAUUGACCACAAACCAGUGAAUCAUUUGAAACAGAUUAUUUGUUUUGAGAUGUUGCUUUAAUUUCUUCUAGUGCGCUCAGUCAGAGUUGGAUAAUGAAACCGUGAAGAGUAUUCUGGCAGAAUAUAAGAUCCACAAUGCUGAUGUUACUCUGAGGAGCGAUGCUACUGCUGAUGACCUUAUUGAUGUAGUGGAAGGCAACAGGUCUGAGUGUGAUUAUAGCAAGACUGCUCAGUUCCUUAGAGUCACAGAGCUAGAACUCUAAACAUCAUAUCUCUUGCAGGGUUUAUAUUCCUUGUAUCUAUGUAUUGAAUAAGAUUGAUCAAAUCUCUCUGGAAGAGCUGGAUGUGAUCUACAAAGUACCACACUGUGUUCCCAUCUCUGCUCACCACCGCUGGAAUUUUGAUGAUCUCCUAGAGAAGAUGUGGGAUUACUUACGGCUGGUUCGAAUGUGAGUGCCUGUCAUAAGAAUAUGGAGUAAUGUAGAGAAAAAAAAAUGUUUUAAGAGAACCAUCAACAUAUUUUUACACUUACUUUGCAGUUACACCAAACCCAAGGGCCAGCUCCCUGAUUACACUUCUCCUGUUGUACUGCCCGAUUCCCACACCGCCGUAGAAGAUUUCUGCACAAAGAUCCACAAGAACCUUAUCAAAGAAUUCAAGUAGUAAGUAUUGACUUGGCUGAUUAAUGGUUUUAGUAAUUUUUUGUUUUUCUAAUCUGAGUUAAGCUUCUCAUUCGGGGUUGUCCUUACAGCUGCAUUGUCACAAAAAAUAUAUCUAUAAUGCGAUUUACUGUAGCCGCUUUAAAAAUAAUUUUUAAAAAAGGACAUAGGAGAGCAUUUGAAAAAUAAAUCCACUUGGAAUCUGGGGGGGGUGUAACUUGAAAUGGAAAGACCUAGAUUUGACAAUGAUUGAUAAUUCUUCUCUCCUAUCAGUGCGUUGGUUUGGGGAUCAUCCGUAAAACACAAUCCUCAAAAAGUUGGCAAAGAUCAUGUCAUGGAAGAUGAAGACGUCAUACAGAUUGUGAAGAAAUAAUUCCUUUGCGUAUGCUCCAGACCUUAAAUUUCUUGGAUAGUCCUGUGCAAGCUCUGUAAAUAUUUCAUAAGAAUGUUAAUUAAAGUCUGCAUUUCAUGCUUGCUCAAUAGUUUCCUUUUGACAUCUCUCACUAAGCGGUAGUACUAAUUUU